GCGAAGUCUCGCGCGAGGUCGCCGGGAGGCGCCGCGAGGCCGGUGCGACCGGGCGGUAGCGUCUGCUGGGAGACUACCGUGUGGAACGCGCUGGCACCAUGUUCCUGACCGCCCUCCUCCGCCGUAACCGCAUUCCUGGCAGGCAGUGGAUCGGGAAGCACCGGCGGCCGCGGUUCGUGUCGCUGCGCGCGAAGCAGAACAUGAUCCGGCGCCUGGAGAUCGAGGCGGAGAACCACUACUGGCUGAGCAUGCCCUACAUGACGGCCGAGCAGGAGUACGGCCACGCCGCGGUGCGCAGGGCCGAGACCUUCGAGGCCAUCAAGGCGGCCACCACUUCCAAGUUCCCCCCGCACAAAUUCGUCGCAGACCAGCUCAACCACCUCAAUGUCACCAAGAAAUGGUCCUAACCCUGAGCCGUCACCCCUCGAUUUUGGAGAUCACGGGGGAGCUGCCCUGCCUUGACCUGGUCCUGGAACUGAAAAACUGGUUCCUAUGAAAGCGUGAGCCUUUGGACCAGUUUUAUUAAAACAAACGUGAGCAUGGUGGGCUGCAUAUCCAAUAUCUGGGGCUCUACAUUCCCUGAUACCUAAAAGUCUAGUCACUGCCCUAUUUCUUGUUUCUUUAGCAUGAUAGGAAGAUAGGGAUUUCCUGAGUCACAGAUGAUAUAAAAUGUAUUUUGAAUGGAGACUGCAAUAAAGCCGCGGACUAUGA